UCGCAUUCCUCCUCUUCUUCCAUGGGGUCCAUUUGUGUCCGGAUAUAAACACACAGCCCCACUCUGUCACAUGCACUUUUAUUUAUUUUAACUACACGACCAUAAGUCACCCAAAAGAAGAGAGAGAAGAAUAAAGAAGAACAUUCUCCAGGAUGGAGGAGUCUCCAUCCAAGCUAUCGGUGGCCGAGCUGGCUGGCAGGUUCAAAGGUCAGAUACGACCCAUGCCCGCCGCGCAUGAUGAGUUGCCCUUUCGACGAAAAGCUCCGUGUUCACUCAGGUUUCCCAUCCGGGACAAUGAAGAAUCUAAUACGAACACUAACGGAACGGUCCCGAGUCCCAUCAAAAUCAGGACGAAGAGCUCGUCCUCCAUCAUCGAAAGACUUCAGGCCAACCUCGCUUUGUCGCCUUCCACCCUGCUACCGUCGCCCAAAGUUGCCGAGGUCAACCGGCAGCCCGACUCGCUGCCGCUCGUGGCCGCCGCCACGACCCCGCUGAGCCCCACCCUGCUGCCCACCCAGCUGUCCGUGGAGGAGGACGAGGAGGGUCAGGGGGAACCCGUCGGCUUCGACAGCCCUCCUGAAGCGACCUCGCUGCCCAACCUCCACAAGACCCGAGUGCGGCUGUCGUUCAAGAGACGCCCGCCCACCAGACAGCACAGGAGGUCCACGGGCGAGGAGGCGACGCUCCUCGGCCGCAUCCCGUCGCCGUGUCAACUGCACUCACCCGAAGCCAACGGGGACGUGGUGUUACAAUGCCCGGACCGGGUCACUCGUGAGGGGGGUGAUGGAGAGGAAGAGGAGGAGGACAGAGACUGUGAGGAGGAGCAGGGGGAGCGAGCAGAGCCCCCUGCCGAAGAAGGGGAGACACAGGAGGGGAAAGGGCGGCCGCAGCAGACGGAUGGAGCAGAUGCCGACGCGGUCCUCUGAUCUGGGAACAAUUAGCACCUCACAAGAACGCACAUAUUUUCCAAUCUUUAAUUUCUUUAUACUUUGCUUGCAUAGAUUUUCCUGUAUGUUGUUUGCUGGUCGUCUUUUAUUUUAUUACUCAUCAGGCUGGACUCGGGUUUGGGUUAUAAAAGUUAUGCACUAUAAUAAAGUUUCUCGUUUGUGUUGCGUACAA